UAUGAAAAUAAGAUUGAUUUGUUAUAUUUCUCCAAAAGUCAAAAAGCCAUACAGAAUGACUGAUAUCCUAUGUAGAAUAUGCCUGGCACGUGAUACUCGUAUGUGUACAACGUACAACACGCCACUGGAAGUGCUUUAUCGAAAAAUCACAAAUAUACCUCUUAAAACAAAAGACGGAAGACCACACAUGGUGUGUUACGUCUGCUACCAUUUAUUAAGCAAGUAUCACAAAUUCAUUGAAAGUGCCGUUAAAACUGACAAAGUUCUUCAACGACUAUGUAGCAGUGGUAUACAGUUAACCGAGCAGCAUAUUGCAGCGAUAGACAAGGCUUUCUUACUCACACCAUUAACUAAGUCACGCGUUAUAAAUGUAAACGCAAUAAGCGAUUCAGAUGGAGUCAGUAUAGAAGUGGCUGAAGUCAAGAGAGAAAUUGAAGAAGAUAAGCCUAUAUAUUAUGAGGUGGAAGUUAAAGAAAAAGCUGGUUCUUUAGGUUUUGACGGUAUAAAUAAUACAGAACAUAGUUCAAAACAGUACGCUUGUACUAUCUGUGGUCAUUGCUUGCUCACCAAAGCUGAAGCUAGGAAGCACUACAAAUGGCAUGGCACCUCCGAAGAACCCUAUCUGGACUGUCUGAAUUAUUUAUUUGGCGCUCCACCAACUGUGGAAGUCACUAUGCAACCUAUCACGGCGCUAACUGACAGCCAAGAAGUAAUAAAGGCGCCAACUGACCACAAAGAAGCACUACCGGCGCCAACUGGCAGCAUACAAGCACUAACGGCAUCAACUGGCAGCGUACAAGCAGUGACGGCGCCAACUGGCAGCAAAGAAUCACUAACGGCACAAACAGGCACCAUACAAACAGCCACUGCACCAACUUACAGCAUACAAGUGGUGACGGCGCCAACUGACAGCAUACAAGUGGUGACGGCGCCAACUGACAGCAAAGAAACACUAACGGCACAAACAGGCACCACACAAACAGCCACUGCACCAACUUACAGCAUACAAGCGCUGACGGUGCCAACUGACCACAAAGAAUCAAGUGACAGGAAUGAAGCACUAACGGCGCCAACUGACAGCAUACAAGUGGUGACGGCGCCAACUCAUAGCAGAGAAGUGCUGAAGUCUCCGCAAACUAUCGUAGCGUCCGACACUAGUCCAACGAAGAUUGAAAAUGAUGAAGAGAUGCCUCAGAAAGAAGAUAUGGACGAAAAAUCAAAUUUACCCGAAGAACUAAAAGAUGAAUCGCCAAAAAUUUACAAAAACGAAAAAGAAUUAAUGAUAGAAAUGAAAAUAGACGUCUAUAAAAAAAUUGUGAAACCAAAGAAUAUAAUAAAGAAAAAAGAAGAAACUGCGAAACCAAAUAAUACAAUAAAGAAAAAAGGAAAAGCAACUAACAGUGAAGUGACUAUAAAAAAGAAAAAACUCACUAAAAACAUGAAACCAAAUAGAAAAAAUGAAACAAAAUUAACCGUUAGUAAUAAUUUAAGCGAAAACGAGGUAUAUUGUGACGUCCCAUUACUUAAAUCGGAUGACCCGUUAGACACAAAUUAUAAAGAUAAUACACCAAAUACAGAUAAAUUAGACAGUUCAGACACGAAUAUGGACACGGAAGAUAUAGAACAAAAUGAUGAAAAUGAAACGAAAAAUAUUACAGCAACAGAAAAAACAUUUCCAUGUGAUACUUGUAAAAAAGUCUCCCCAAGUAAUGCGAGGUUGAAACGCCAUAGACGUGUGCACACGGGCGAGAAACCAUUCUCAUGCGAACAUUGCUCGAAAACAUUCGCAGAAAAAUGUAACCUAAGUCGACAUUCCCGAAUCCAUUCCGGAGAAAAGCCAUUCGAGUGCGAUCUCUGCGGAAAAUGUUUCUCGAUUAAAACUCACUUGAGCGUUCACUUACUCACGCACAAUAAUUCUAGUAAAAUACAAACUAAAAGCACUGUGUCGUGCGAUGCUUGUGGAAAAAUAUACACGCACAAAAUGAAUUUAGCACGGCACAUUUCAACAAAGCACGCCAGGACACAUACAGGUGAAAAACCGUUCUCAUGUAACUAUUGCAAUUAUAAGACCACUCAAAAAUCAACUUUAAUUAAACACGAAAGGACACAUACAGGUGAAAAACCGUUCUCAUGUAACUAUUGUCAUUACAAGACUGCAUAUAAAGAUGUUUUAGUCCAUCAUAUACGGAUACAUACAGGUGAAAAACCGUUCUCAUGUAACUAUUGCAAUUAUAAGACCACCGUAAAAUCAAUUUUAAUUAAACACGAAAGGACACAUACAGGUUAAAAACCGUUCUCAUGUAACUAUUGCCAUUAUAAGACCACUCAAAAAUCACAUUUAAUUAAACACGAAAGGACACAUACAGGUGAAAA